AUGCCUCUUAGAAUCAUCGACUAUAAAGAUGUCCUACAAGAUCUGGACAGGGGCAUCCCCACGGCGUUCAACACCAACUUCCACACCGAGGCAGACGCGCCAGGCUUUCCGAUCCCGUCUAACAAACCGUUCAACUAUGGCAUAUGGCUGCCCCUAAUACUCCGGUCGCGACAAAUUCCUGCUUCCAACCUCCAGGUCGUCAUCCUCCGUCGGCCGCAGAUCGAGCUCCUGGUCAAGGCUGCCGCCGCCUCUAUCCAUACCCGUGUGCUCAACCGAUCCUACGCUGAGGACCUGCAAGAAGAAGUCUAUCCUGCGUUCCAAUCGCUUAAUUUCCCGCCCGAGGGGCUCUUUAUGCGCUUGGGAGCGUGUUCGCCAAAGGACGGCGCGCACACGACUCCUGGCGUGCUCGCGUUUCAUUCCGUGGAGGACAUUGUGCUUCGCAUGACCACGUCGCUGAGGACCUGGAGUGCUCUCACCAACAUCCUUAACAGCGCUGCGGAAGAGACACACGCUUAUUUCCUUCCGUUCGACUCGAGACUGCAGUCUUCGCGAGAAUACCGCGUCUUUUGCUGCCCCGGAUCGCUCCAAAUCACCGCCGUCAGUCAAUACGAAUGGCACAAGCCCUGGAUCUUUGCCGAGAAGGACCACCACAUGAUGUCGCUCAGGGCUCAAUCGAUCAUCAACUCCAUCGGGAGGGUGCAUGAUGACAUUCUUGAGUUUAUGCAGGCGUAUGAGGAUCGCGGGUUGGAGAGGGUCAUUCGCAGGCAGGGAUUCACUUUUGAUGUGUUUUAUGACAAGGAAAUUGCCUGGUGCAGCUUGAUCGAGCUCAACACGUUUGGGGUGCGAAGCGCAUGCGGGUCAUGCCUCUUCCACUGGUUGAGUGAUCGCGCUUUGCUUUAUGGAGAGGAUCUGGAGUCUGGUUGUGAGUUUCGUGUGACGAUGAGCUAUGAUGAGUAUUGGGGGGAAAGGGGGACCGCUCGAGAUUCGUCAAUAUUGAGUUGGCUUGACACGUUCAAUUGA